GCGGCCCCGCCGGCGCGCAUGCGCCCCGGCGCCGUUGGUGUCGGGGGCGCUGCGCCGGGAGCGGCCCGUGCCCGCCGCGGCCAUGUCGGGCCGCCCGGCGCGGCAGGACGAUGCGGAGAGCGCGGCGCUGCGCCACAAGGAGGAGCUGAGCCGCCGGAUUAAAGAGCAGAAGGUUGUAGUCGAUGAGCUUUCUAAUUUGAAGAAGAACCGGAAAGUUUAUAAGCAGCAACCCAACAGCAACAUAUUCUUCCUUGCAGACCGGACAGAAAUGCUGUCUCAGUGCAAAAACACAUUAGAUGAAUUAAAGAAGGAGCAUCAGGAGCUGGAAAAUUCAGAAAAGACUAAAAUCAAGAAGUAGUGGAUGUGAAUUCCCCGUUGCAAUGUGUGGUAUUUGCUGUGUUGUUACCUUGUGCAGCCAGCGUGCGAUU